AUGAGAGAAAUCGUGACGAUUCAAGUUGGUGAAUUCGCAAACUUUAUCGGUUCCCACUUCUGGAAUUUCCAGGAUGAAUUGCUUGGAUUGGCGAGUGACCCAGAAAGCGAUCCAGUCUUUCGAAACCAUAACCUCGACAUGGACGUUCUUUACCGCUCCGGUGAAACCCAGCAGGGGGUUUCUACGUACACUCCUCGUCUUGUUUCAGUCAACUUCAAAGGGUCACUAGGCUCUAUGAGCGCACGCGGUACACUCUACAAUGAAGGCUCUUCAUCACGAUCAGAUUCUUCGAAAACCUGGGUUGGAGAUGUUGAUACUCAAAGAUCUGAACCUCGAAAGAGGAACUUGUUUCUGCAAAGUUUGUAUGAGGAAGAAGAUAAAGUAGGGAAAGAAAAAGCGAGAGAGAUUGAGGACAAAGAUAUUGUUGGAUGCUUAGAUGAGGAAGUUGAGUGUUGGACUGACUUCUCCAAAUCCCAUUAUCAUCCUCAAAGUCUAUACGAGUUGAGCGGAUUAUGGACGGACUCUCAGGAUUUUAACAAUUACGGAAUUGGUAAGGACGUUUUCUCUGAGGCUUCACGGGGAGAGGAAUUAUGCGACAGGCUCCGUUUUUUCGUGGAAGAGUGUGAUCAUAUUCAGGGUAUUAAGUUCCUUGUGGAUGAUUCAGGAGGAUUUUCAGCUGUUGCAGCAGAUUUCCUAGAGACGAUUGCAGAUGAGUACACAAAUAUUCCUGUAUUGCUAUAUUCUGUGAGGAGUCCAAUGUCGCAGAUGAAUCCUAGAAGCUCGAAAAAGACGGUUUCAAACAAGCUUCACGAUGCCAUAUCGUUUUCUCGACUCUCAUCGUUUUGUAAACUCUUCACUCCCAUCGGUUUACCUUCUUUGAGCGAAAGUAAAGCAUCAAAAUUUCUUAAUCUUGGAGAUGAGAAGCCUUAUCGAAGCAGCGCAGUGUAUGCCGCUGCUCUACAUUCAAGCACAAUCCCUUUCCGAAUGCAACCCACAAGCUCAGAUUCAAGUGAAGUGUCUAAUUCUAUGGAUGUUAAUACACUUAUUCAGCUUUUAACGGGUCGUGGUAGACAAAACAUGGUGGCGAUUCUGGAUUCUGCAAUGCCAGCUCCUACAUUAGCAGGAAAGCAAUUAGAAAAUACCCUCUUAACGGAUUUGCAGGCGCUAACACCAGAAGUAACCGAAGAUGUCGAAGACAAUCAAGCAAUUGAGUCAAUGUGUAUACUUGGAGCACUUAGAUCAGAGGAUAAAGAAGCAUCGGUUUCAGAAGUGAAGAAUGCGGUUGAUGCAUCUUACGAACAGGCAAUAACCAAAACAAAGCCGUUGUUUUGCAACUUAUCGGUUUCGCGUUGUCCUCUUCCGAUACCAUUACCGUUUCCUUCUAUAUUUGGUAACCUUGUUGGGAGGAAAGGUGAGAUCUUGAGCAGUCCGGUCUCGGAUUCUCUGUACAGAGGCUCAUUGGAUGUUCACUCCAUACCAGUAGUAGCGAGAUGGAGAUCGUCGAGCGCGAUUUUGCCAUUCUUGGAAAGUAGAAUGAUGAAUUUAGAGAAACUUGGGAUCCAGUGGGGAGCAAUGGGAUCAGAUUUGGUUAGAACAUGGGGAUUUGGGAGAGAAGAAUUGCAAGAAAUGAGAGAGAAUCUGUCAAAAAUGGUGUCUGAGCUAAAUCCUCAGUUUUUGGAAUCUUCAGAUUCAGAUUAA